GUUUUUUAAAGACCUUUAAACGCCUAAAUAAGCUUUUGCGCAGAACGAUCCAGAAGCAAAAACAACAACACGCUCCAGCACAGCCUCACCCAGGCAUUCGUGCACGUACACACGCAUGUGUUUAUUUUCACAACACUCAUUCGAAACGCGAGCAACGCGCAGAGACGUGCGGAGACUUCGCAGCGUGUGGCAAGUUAUAAAAGCGUCAGAGCAGCCUCCAGCGAGGAAACGAGAAACGUGUGCGGGGAUCUGCAGAGAAGACGGGCGACUGGUAAACACACGCCGAAGAUCUGUAAACACGGGACCUAUUAACCACAAGCGAAGCGUGUUUUCCUGACAGCUCUGGCAAUCCGAUGACACAUGGCCCACCGUGUGCACGACCACCAGCGGCGCCUGCCAGUGGCCCAGGCCACGGUUCUGGCCCUGCCACCUUCCAGCCAAGCGAAGGACUACACAUUGCCAGCGCUGGACUCCCUGCUGUGCGGCGCGUUCGCUGGAGCCGUGGCCAAAACGGUCAUCGCGCCUCUGGAUCGGACCAAGAUCAUCUUCCAAGUUUCCGCCAACAGAUUCUCAGCUAAGGAGGCGUUCAGGCUCAUCUACUGUUCCUACAUGAAGGAUGGGCUGCUCAGCCUGUGGAGGGGCAACUCUGCCACCAUGGUGAGGGUCAUGCCCUAUGCUGCCAUCCAGUUCUGCUCCCAUGACCAGUACAAAAAGGUGUUGGGGGGCUACUAUGGCUACCAGGGAAAAGCUCUGCCUCCGUUCCCGCGGUUCCUGGCCGGCUCUCUGGCCGGCACCACCGCCGCCAUGCUCACCUACCCCUUGGACAUGGUGCGGGCCAGGAUGGCGGUCACUGCCAAAGAAAUGUACAGCAACAUCAUGCACGUUUUCAAGCGCAUAUCUCGAGAGGAAGGUGUUCGGACGCUGUACAGAGGCUUCACUCCCACUAUCCUGGGUGUCAUCCCAUACGCAGGAAUCACAUUCUUCACAUACGAGACCCUCAAGAAGCUCCACACAGAAAGAACGAAGCGCACCCAGCCCUACCCCUAUGAGCGCCUGGCCUUCGGGGCCUGUGCGGGUCUGAUUGGCCAGUCGGCCUCGUACCCGCUGGACGUGGUGCGUCGGCGCAUGCAGACGGCCGGAGUCACCGGCUCCACGUACGGAACCAUCCUGGGAACGCUGCGUGAGAUUGUAACGCGGGAGGGGGUCAUACGUGGAUUGUAUAAAGGCCUGAGCAUGAACUGGAUCAAAGGGCCCAUCGCCGUGGGCGUGAGCUUCAGCACGUUUGACAUCACACACGACUUCCUGCUCCGGCUGCAUCGGACGGGCUACUUCACGCACUGAGGCGGUCGGGAGCGCGCGAGGUCGGCGUGAGAGAGGGAACGUAGUGAGUCUCUGCACUCAGUGGGUGCAAGAGUGUCCACUGCCGCCUUCACACAGAGAAGGGACAAACGAUGGCGUCCACAUCAGGUCUUCUGUGACUAAGAGCGCUGCUGCUCCGUUGCGUUUGUUCAUUAAAGGCUAGAAUUUAAAUGUAUACUAAGAAAAACACAGCUUUACAUUGUUUUUGACACAAGCAAAGCUUUGUGUUGGUACCGUCAAGGUGGCGUUUGUCAGUAACAGUGGCACAGUGUGUAACCACUGUUCUGUUUAUGAUGGAUACAGAGGACAUUUCUACUAUGGUAAAAAAAAAUAUGAUGCUUGCACUUUAUCUGACCUGCAGUGUUUAUUUUGAAAUGUAUUUUUUUUCUUUAUUGAAAAUAAUCGAACAUGCAGGAGGAGGCUUUGUACCUUUUUUUUUUUUAAAAAAAAGGGUGAUUAUGCAAUAAUAUUUGUUUAAGUUUAAAGUAUUUGUAUGAUUCUAAUGAAGAUUUGAUGUAAUGCGGUGCAGCAGAUGAUUGUAGGAGGGCGACCACGUCAGCAGGAGUCUGUCCAGCACUAAUAAGUAGCGGAGGAUAAUCAAAGCAGAGAAAUGAAACUAUUUACAAUAUGUAUUACAUAUCGCCAACAUUGUCUUUUGCAUGGACACCUUAAUUCAUUUUAUUCUGUACUCACAUUGUUGUGCAGAUUUAAUUUUCCAUCCACUUGGAUCAGUUUAUCAGCUGAACAAGCAGAAGCACUUAUCAGCCUUUAUGUGAACGCACUCCCUCACUGUUGAUGUGCAUUUCUACAAUACAUUGUUUCCAAAGUUCUUUUAAAACAUACAAUAAAGUGUCUACACAACACAA